CAGUUCAAAAUCAAGUUCGUUGAGAAUGUCCAGCAAACUAUUUAUUUUGAUCGUUGCGUUAGUGGUGCUUCAACAGUCCAUAAGUGCUGUAGAGUUUCCUAGAAUAGCCGUGAAGUCUCCGUUUUCCAUCACAACCUUCAGUUCUAAAUUUCCACAGACAUGUGAUCCCGUUGGAAUCUAUACGGUAUGUACUACGUGUAGCUCGACAAUGGUUUGUAUUCAAGGAGACAUGACGCGAAAAGCUUGUCCGUUGGAUAAACCAUACUGCAACAACAACGUAUGCUCAACUACUAUCAGCUCGGAGUACGGAUGUACUCCGGAUCCUUUAAAAUGCACCGGAAUCGGAUUCUACCCAGAUCCCAAGGCAUGCCAGUUCUACCACUACUGUGAAGCUGUCGGUGACCCCUCAACCGUGUACGACUGUCAACCCAACAACGUGUUCAACGCGGCCACCCUCAUGUGCAAGCAGAGGAAGCUGGCCACGGAUUGCGUAACCGUAACGUGCGACCCGGGCAAAAUCUUCCAGAGUUACGGCACCAGCAAGACGUACUUUGCCUUCUGUUCGGGAUCUCCCGUGGGAAUUGAGAUGCUCAAGUGUGACACCAACUAUGUGUUCAACGGGUCUGGGUGCGUGUUCCAGUGCCCGAAGGAGGGCAACUUUGCGCAUCAUAAUCCGGAGAAGUUCUACGAGUGUGUUUACAGCGGUACCAAACUGGUGGCGAUGGAGAUUUCCUGUCCGGAGGGAAAAGAGUUUGACGCGGUGAUUGGUAUUUGCCUAACUCCAAGUGCUUAGAUAGUGAAGGGUGACAAGUUUGACUAAUUGCAAAAAAAAUGUAUUUCUUUGUAUUGACAUUGCAAAAAAUAGAAAAUAUUGUUGGCUUCAACAUAAGCCGAAAAUCAUGUAUCAAAAUCACGUUUUA